UCUAAGUCGUGAAAAAGCUGCAACCGCCGGCAUGAUGCCAGAUUGUAUCUGGAUCCAUCGCCGGGACUUCCUCCGAAUCUAUUAUCUCUCUAUUCAUUAUCUGUGUAUCCAUGGAGCUGUCCCGUGAAGCAGUUGAUUCACCACCAUGGCGAUCAGUCCCGCCAUCACGGGGUUACCAACAUGAUCUCAGCCCUAGAAGCCAUCAACGACACAGGAAACCUGCCUCUCACCUUGCGUCAAAGGUCUACACCUACUCCCAUCUCAUUUUCUUCUCUUUACUAGGAAAUCUUGCACGAAUAGGACUCCAAGCUUUGACUUUCUACCCCGGAGCUCCCGUCACCUUCCCCAUCCUGUGGGCCAACGUUGCCGGCUGCUUCAUCAUGGGUGCACUGGUGGAAGACCGUUCUUUCUUCCACUAUCCUCUUUGUCUAAGUCCAGCCUCGUCCGACCAGCAGGGAAACGUCGCCUAUAAAGCACACAUGGCGGCCAAGAAGGCUAUCCCGCUUUACCUCGGCCUGACCAUCGGCUUCUGCGGCUCCUGCACGUCCUUCGCCAUCGUCAUACGCGACAUGUUCCUCUCCGCUUCCAACGACUUGCCUCAGACCCCUCCUUUCGCCAUGACGCCCCCCUGGCCCCGGAGCGGCGGCCACUCCUUCCUCGCCGUGCUCGCUGUGCUCAUCGUCAGCGUCACGUUGUCCUAUGCCGCCUUUGUGGUCGGCGCCCACUUCGCGGCCACCGUCCUACGCCCCGUCAUGCUUCCGCUGCCGUUCGCCCUGAUGCGCAACUGCCUCGACCCCCUUGCCGUCGUCCUGGGCUGGGGCUGCUGGGUCGCCGCCAUCCUCCUGGCGGUGUUCCCCCCGCACGACCGCUGGCGCGGCGACGUGCUUUUCGCGCUCGUUUUCGCGCCGGUUGGCUGUCUCUUGCGCUUCGAACUCUCUGCUUGGCUCAACAUGCGCGUGCCCUCCUUCCCGGUGGGGACUUUUGUGGCUAAUAUACUCGGCACUGUUCUCCUGGGCAUGGGGUAUGACCUCAUGGUCGCGCCCGUGGGCGGUGUCCUCGAAUGUCAGGUCCUGCGAGGUAUCGAGGUCGGUUUCUGCGACUCCUUGACCACCUUGUCGUCUUGGAUCGCCGAGAUGGCCGCCCUGGGGAAACGGCACGCUGUUACCUAUGGCGUAGUGAGCGUCUCUACCGCCUUCUCCUUGCUCACUGUCAUCAUGGGAGCGAUGCGCUGGGGCCAUGGAUUCGGGGCACCUCUGUGCUAG